AUGUGGAGUCGUAAUCGGGCCACAUUCGAACAUAAGAAGCUAAAAACUCCUUUUGAUGUGGUUUUUUCUGCAUGUGGAUAUCUGAAUUAUUGGGCAGGUCUGAUGGAUGGAGUUGAUCGCGAGGCAAUGGAGCGCGGCGCCAAGAUGCUGAAGACCAAUGCGGCUACCAUGAUGAGGAUCUGUGCGGCCGCAGCUGAACCAGCGAUGGACUGA